AUGGAGCAAAGGUCGAUUCUCGAUUUCCUUAAGAAGCCAGAUUCAGCACGAUCAGCUUCUUCUCGACCACAACAAUCUCGUUCAGGACCUUACCGCCGCAACAAUAUCAACGCUCGCGAACACUACUCAUCUAGCAAAUAUCGAGCACCUGACCGACGCCGCAACAUGAGUCUCAGAUUAGUCGCUGACGAGACCAAGGAAGUACUUCCAGAUAUUCGGGCUGGACUUCCAUCGGAAUUUGAUGUCGAGUGGUCAUGCCUCGAGAGUCUGGAUCAUCCAGAUUCAGCUCCUCUCCCGGUGGAAUGUUGCCCAGCUUUAAUGACACCUUGUAUCAUUCGAGUACUCAACAUGGAUUCAUUCGAUGCAGCGAUCCAGCUAGACCCCAGCCACACAGUCCGCCAGCAUGUUACCAAGAAAAGGUUGAAUACGAAUAAAGAGAACGGCAAGCCUGCUAUUGAUCUCAACGUUAAGACCGACACUCCAAUGGAAGAUGUCGCCACCCCAGAGAAAGUCGAAGAGAAGGGGCAGCAACCCGAGGUCAAGACACAAGAAUCCGAAAUCAAGAAGCAGCCUAAAGACGCCACAACGUCCGAGAAAGUAACCCCAGUGGCAGUCCUCAACCUCGCUUCCGAACGUUCACCAGGAGGCGGCUGGCAGAAAGGUGCCCUCGCCCAAGAGGAAUGUCUCUGCUACCGCUCAUCGCUCUACCUCUCACUAGACCGGAAAUUCUACCCGAUACCCACGCUCUCUGCCAUAUAUUCACCAAACGUGGUCCUAAUUCGCGAGUCCAUGUCAAACGGCCACAAAUUGCUCAUUGGAGUUCAAUCGCAUGACCUCCCCGCGGUCUCCGUCAUCAGCGUGGCAGCGCUUCGUCUUCCAGAUCUCUCAGAUGACGGCAAGACGUUCGGGAAUCCUGGCGCAAGGUGUCACACCAAGAAGAAUAUUCGCCUCAUCCUGCGUGUUGCUGCUCGACAUGGACACAGGAAACUCGUAUUAGGCGCACUGGGCUGUGGUGUAUUUGGAAAUCCGCCACGGGAUGUCGCAAAUUGCUUUCUUGAGGUCUUCCGAGAAGCUGAGUUCCAGGGCGGAUGGUGGGAGAAGAUUGUCUUCGCGGUUUUGGAUAACGUAAACGGACCAGAUGGUGGCAAGGACGGCAAGGGAAACUUCGGCCAGUUUUAUCAGGUGCUCAAUGGGCAGGUUGUGUGA